UUAUUUUGUCCGUCCUCCCAGGGCAGAAGGACUUUAUGCUGCGUGGCUGGCAUUUCCAGUAUUUUGAUAAAAGUUACUUCUCUAAACUUGAACCACAGCAUGGGGAAAAUAAUGUUAUCUUUUAUGUUAGUUACAAUUUUGCGAAAUUUCAUCAUGAGAAACUUUCAAGGAGGCAGAAGUAGCUGAGAAUGUGAUACUAGGGACAGGGUCGCUCAAACUGCCAGCAAAAUAAAUAGAUGGGAAAGACAGGAACGUUAUUAGGUUUAUAAAUGAUAAAACUUUCCUUGCUUAAAAAAAUAAAGUGGUGAGGUUGACGCCAUUGAAUGACUGCAUUGUAAACCUUAAAAGCUUAAAGCUGGUGGAAAGCCCUUGCACAGCCCUGUUUUCAUUUUUAUCGGAUGAAAUGCAUUUGGUUUCUUUUUGACAAACCAUGUUUUUGUGAGGAAAGGAAAAUGAACAUGCACUGUUAUGGGCCACGGCAAUGUAACAAACCCUCCUGUUGCCAGAGGAUACCACAUGAAAGUGUCUGUGGGUUAGGGGAGGGACCUGUAAGGGGGCGGGGAUAAGGGGGAUGAUAGCUUAAGCCUCUUAUGCUCAGAGCUGCGAUUUGUGAACACCCUGUGAUGUAAUCAAGCUCUGGACAAAUCAGAGGAGUCUGUCAACCUCCCAGGUGGGAUUGCUUAUAGUUAAUAGACUAAACCCAGAGCCUCAAAGCAGUGCACUCCGUGAAGGCAAAGAGAACACGCUGCAAAAGGCUUUCCAAGAAUCCUCGACAUGGCAAGGAGGAGGUCGUUCCAGUCGUGUCAGAUAAUAUCCCUGUUCACUUUUGCCGUUGGAGUCAAUAUCUGCUUAGGAUUCACUGCACAUCGAAUUAAGAGAGCAGAAGGAUGGGAGGAAGGUCCUCCUACAGUGCUAUCAGACUCCCCCUGGACCAACAUCUCCGGAUCUUGCAAGGGCAGGUGCUUUGAACUUCAAGAGGCUGGACCUCCUGAUUGUCGCUGUGACAACUUGUGUAAGAGCUAUACCAGUUGCUGCCAUGACUUUGAUGAGCUGUGUUUGAAGACAGCCCGUGGCUGGGAGUGUACUAAGGACAGAUGUGGAGAAGUCAGAAAUGAAGAAAAUGCCUGUCACUGCUCAGAGGACUGCUUGGCCAGGGGAGACUGCUGUACCAAUUACCAAGUGGUUUGCAAAGGAGAGUCGCAUUGGGUUGAUGAUGACUGUGAGGAAAUAAAGGCCGCAGAAUGCCCUGCAGGGUUUGUUCGCCCUCCAUUAAUCAUCUUCUCCGUGGACGGCUUCCGUGCAUCAUACAUGAAGAAAGGCAGCAAAGUCAUGCCUAAUAUUGAAAAACUAAGGUCUUGUGGCACACACUCUCCCUACAUGAGGCCGGUGUACCCAACUAAAACCUUUCCUAACUUAUACACUUUGGCCACUGGGCUAUAUCCAGAAUCACAUGGAAUUGUUGGCAAUUCAAUGUAUGAUCCUGUAUUUGAUGCCACUUUUCAUCUGCGAGGGCGAGAGAAAUUUAAUCAUAGAUGGUGGGGAGGUCAACCGCUAUGGAUUACAGCCACCAAGCAAGGGGUGAAAGCUGGAACAUUCUUUUGGUCUGUUGUCAUCCCUCACGAGCGGAGAAUAUUAACCAUAUUGCAGUGGCUCACCCUGCCAGACAAUGAGAGGCCUUCAGUCUAUGCCUUCUAUUCUGAGCAACCUGAUUUCUCUGGACACAAAUAUGGCCCUUUCGGCCCUGAGGAGAGUAGUUAUGGCUCACCUUUUACUCCGGCUAAGAGACCUAAGAGGAAAGUUGCCCCUAAGAGGAGACAGGAAAGACCAGUUGCUCCUCCAAAGAAAAGAAGAAGAAAAAUACAUAGGAUGGAUCAUUAUGCUGCGGAAACUCGUCAGGACAAAAUGACAAAUCCUCUGAGGGAAAUCGACAAAAUUGUGGGGCAAUUAAUGGAUGGACUGAAACAACUAAAACUGCAUCGGUGUGUCAAUGUCAUCUUUGUUGGAGACCAUGGAAUGGAAGAUGUCACGUGUGAUAGAACUGAGUUCUUGAGUAAUUACCUAACUAAUGUGGAUGAUAUUACUUUAGUGCCUGGAACUCUAGGAAGAAUUCGAUCCAAAUUUAGCAACAAUGCUAAAUAUGACCCCAAAGCCAUUAUUGCCAAUCUCACGUGUAAAAAACCGGAUCAGCACUUUAAGCCUUACUUGAAACAGCACCUUCCCAAACGUUUGCACUAUGCCAACAACAGAAGAAUUGAGGAUAUCCAUUUAUUGGUGGAACGCAGAUGGCAUGUUGCAAGGAAACCUUUGGAUGUUUAUAAGAAACCAUCAGGAAAAUGCUUUUUCCAGGGAGAUCACGGAUUUGAUAACAAGGUCAACAGCAUGCAGACUGUUUUUGUAGGUUAUGGCCCAACAUUUAAGUACAAGACUAAAGUGCCUCCAUUCGAAAACAUUGAACUUUACAAUGUUAUGUGUGAUCUCCUGGGAUUGAAGCCAGCUCCUAAUAAUGGGACCCAUGGAAGUUUGAAUCAUCUCCUGCGCACUAAUACCUUCAGGCCAACCAUGCCAGAGGAAGUUACCAGACCCAAUUAUCCAGGGAUUAUGUACCUUCAGUCUGAUUUUGACCUGGGCUGCACUUGUGAUGAUAAGGUAGAGCCAAAGAACAAGUUGGAUGAACUCAACAAACGGCUUCAUACAAAAGGGUCUACAGAAGAGAGACACCUCCUCUAUGGGCGACCUGCAGUGCUUUAUCGGACUAGAUAUGAUAUCUUAUAUCACACUGACUUUGAAAGUGGUUAUAGUGAAAUAUUCCUAAUGCCACUCUGGACAUCAUAUACUGUUUCCAAACAGGCUGAGGUUUCCAGCAUUCCUGACCAUCUGACCAGUUGCGUCCGGCCUGAUGUCCGUGUUUCUCCGAGUUUCAGUCAGAACUGUUUGGCCUACAAAAAUGAUAAGCAGAUGUCCUACGGAUUCCUCUUUCCUCCUUAUCUGAGCUCCUCACCAGAGGCUAAAUAUGAUGCAUUCCUUGUAACCAAUAUGGUUCCAAUGUAUCCUGCUUUCAAACGAGUCUGGAAUUAUUUCCAAAGGGUAUUGGUGAAGAAAUAUGCUUCAGAAAGAAAUGGAGUUAACGUGAUAAGUGGACCAGUCUUCGACUAUGACUAUGAUGGCUUACAUGACACAGAGGACAAAAUAAAACAGUAUGUGGAAGGCAGUUCCAUUCCUGUUCCAACUCACUACUACAGCAUCAUCACCAGCUGUCUGGAUUUCACUCAGCCUGCCGACAAGUGUGACGGCCCUCUCUCUGUGUCCUCCUUCAUCCUGCCUCACCGGCCUGACAACGAGGAGAGCUGCAAUAGCUCAGAGGACGAAUCAAAAUGGGUAGAAGAACUCAUGAAGAUGCACACAGCUCGGGUGCGUGACAUUGAACAUCUCACCAGCCUGGACUUCUUCCGAAAGACCAGCCGCAGCUACCCAGAAAUCCUGACACUCAAGACAUACCUGCAUACAUAUGAGAGCGAGAUUUAACUUUCUGAGCAUCCGCAGUACAGUCUUAUCAACUGGUUGUAUAUUUUUAUAUUGUUUUUGUAUUUAUUAAUUUGAAACCAGGACAUUAAAAAUGUUAGUAUUUUAAUCCUGUACCAAAUCUGACAUAUUAUGCCUGAAUGACUCCACUGUUUUUCUCUAAUGCUUGAUUUAGGUAGCCUUGUGUUCUGAGUAGAGCUUGUAAUAAAUACUGCAGCUUGAGUUUUUAGUGGAAGCUUCUAAAUGGUGCUGCAGAUUUGAUAUUUGCAUUGAGGAAAUAUUAAUUUUCCAAUGCACAGUUGCCACAUUUAGUCCUGUACUGUAUGGAAACACUGAUUUUGUAAAGUUGCCUUUAUUUGCUGUUAACUGUUAACUAUGACAGAUAUAUUUAAGCCUUAUAAACCAAUCUUAAACAUAAUAAAUCGCACAUUCAGUUUU